AUGCUAGUAAAUGUAAUGGACCUUCUUCGGAAAAAAUGCAAUAUCGAUGAUGAAGAUGUUUUGUUAGAUCUAGCCGAUGAGGAAGGGUUGUUGAAAAGUCUACCAGAUUACAGUACGAGGGUGAACACCAAGCACCUGCUGAAACCUCGAGCUACGUAUGUACCGAUCAAGAUUGAACGUGACGAAAACGAUACAGUCAAACCAUAUGAGCCUUAUGUACAGCAGCUAAAGGAGAAUGCUGAAUUUAUGAAUACCCUUCUGGCUCAGUAUCGAAAGAAAGAGCUGCCAAAUCAGGGAAAGAAAGAGAAGAACGCUAGUGGACGUAAUCGUGCUUCGACAUCGUCGAGCUCGACACCCCGAGCAACGACGAGUGCGUCCAAGAUGAAGAGUAAAAAGGGUGGCACCACAUCGAGAGCCGGAAAGGCCUCAAGAUAG